CUUAUAAUUUCAACGUUCAUUGGUCCACGUCCUUCUGGCGAAAUUUUGUGUGCUGGAAAGUUAAGCUGUAAAGUAAUGCAACCGAAUCUUCAAUACCUCCUGUGUAUUUUUUAUUUAUUUGGCUACAGUGCCUCUAGUAACAUCGACCCAGAUGAAGUGCGAGCAGAAACAAUUGAUGUCAGGCCCCUAGGAAAAAGGAUAACAGAAGAAAAAGAUUUGGAAGGAUUUACCUGUUCCUUUACCUAUCAAGCUGAAGGAGGCACAGACGAACAAUGGUUAAUGAAGUUAUCUGUAGAUGAAACAAAGACACAGUUUGCCUGUUCUGUAGAAAGAGAAAGCGGAAUGUCAUAUUUAUAUUUUGAAAAUUUCAUUAUGACUGGAAAAGGAGGAAAAACAGUUGAAGGAACUGUACUGGGAUCACAAGGAAAACCCUUAGAAGCAGAAGAAUACAAAGUAGAUAUACCUGGAAACACAGUUAGCAGUGUUGAAGGCAAAUUCCAGCAUAUGCUUGACAAAGUAGAAAUUGUUUUAAAAAAGCAGAAAGAAGAGUUGUAAGAUCAAAGACUAUAGCAGUAUAGGACUACUAUCUAUGCAUCUAGAGAGAAAAUAUUUUCUGUCUCGUUUAAUGAGACAUUUGUAAUAGAAAAUAACGGGAAAAUAUAUGAAAUAAGUAAGGAAUUUUUUUAUGAAAAAGGUAAAGAAGAGAUUUAUAAGUUAAUAACUAUAAACUGAUGCUAUCACUAUUUUAAUACUUGUCAAACACAUCAGUUAUUAAAAGAUUAAAUAAAGGAUGUUCGCUACUCUGUUUCAAAAUAACAAGAUUUUUAAAAGACUGUUAUAAAUUGACAGUUUAGAAAUAACAGAACUAAAAAAGCAGAAAAAAAUAAAGGGUCCGUGUCCUUGUUUUCGAGAUAUAAGCCAUUGAAAAUUUGGCGGGAAAUGAUUCUCUCUAGACUUUUCCUCCAUUUAUCAUUGGUACCUUUUUUCUUUCAAAAACUAUGAAAAAAUAUGAAGGAUUGUAUAAGAUUUUCAAAUAUUGCUUUUAAAACUAUAUGUAAUAGAAUUAUAAAUAGAAAAUUACGGUUUAGUGGGCAAAAUUUUAAAUGGCAAUACAUGGAUAAAACCAGAGAAUUCCGAAUAUCUGACAAUAAUUCAAAAACAAGAGGAGGGAACAUCCUUAAUAUUGAAUUUUUUUCUAGUAUAAGCAUUUAUCACAUUACUUUAUGCUUUCACAACAUAUAAGUAAAUGUUUCAGGUUUAGGAAAAUUUUCUUGAAUGAAUUUUUUGUAUAGUAAUACAUGAAGAUGGUGUUUUCACACUGCAGUCUCUCUAGCCAGAACAUUAAUCUCUCAACAGUAGAAAUUAAUUAUUCUGAUAGAAAAGAUCAUAUAGCACUUGCAUUUCUAACCAAAUUGGCAUCUUUAUAAUAAAUAUGUCAUUCAUAGUCAUUAUAUAGUAUAUGUUUUUGUUUAAAUGAAAAAGUUUAUUUUAAGAAGUUUAAUGCCUGAAAACUUAGUUUUCUGUUAAGAUUUUUUUCAGUAUAAAUGUAAGGGUUGUUGAUGUUUUUGUUUGUCCUUGUUAUAGUAAUUGUUAGUUGAUAAUAAAUGUUAUUUGCUUGUACAAUGAUGUGAGCAAUAUGCAUAAAACAAUUAUGAAAUACAGAUACAUUCCUUUAUCAUUUUUCUGCUUUUUGCCUCAUUAACCUGUUGUUUUUUUUUUUUUCAAAUGAAAGCAUUUUCCUUCUGGGCUUUUCAAUUUCAGGUAACUUGAAAUUAUUUUUAUAUGGGCUACAAGUGUUACAACAGAUACAUACAAGAUCAAUGUGAAAUAUUGUAUAUCAUAACAAGAACUUAUUAUACUUUAUUUUAUUCAGUUAUCAUUGUGAUUUUUUGUUAAACAAAAUAAAACCAUAUGUAGAACUUUCUAAAUUUUAAUGCAAUUAUUUUGUAUCAAUGGUUCUGAUUGGAUGACAGUAAGCGUAAAAUUCUCUAUCUCCUUGUCUGUAACUAAGGAAGCCGACAUUUUAAAUUGCGGAAUGUAUUGUCAUGUAAUUUCUACAAUAAUAAGCAAAAAACUGACAUGUUGCACCUAGAAAUCUUCUUUUUAUCAAAUUUUAUUACAUUCUGAAGCGGUCAAGAAGCCAGAAAAAGCCCGGUGUUUACGUUUGACGCUGGAAGCAUACCUUUGACGUCACCUAGUUUAGGGGCCAAAGAAGAUAACAUCUUUUCGCAGAAUUUUCUUAAAUAAAAAUUUUACACUGAAAUAAUGAUUGAAAUUGAAUUAUGUACUUGUUUUGCAUUAGAAUAGAGAUAACUGUAUUGUAUUUGAAGCUUUGCGGAUGUCCAUCAGUAGUUUUACUGUUGCAAAUACCCGUUUACCUGUCUCCGCUACGCAUCGCCAGGUAAACUAAAUUUGCGACAGUAAAACUUCCGAUGGACAUCUGCAAAGCUUCAAAUACAAUACAGUUAUCUCUUAAUUUGACCUUAUCUUUCAUACACAUACACUUGUUGUUAAUGAAAACACAGGUUUUUUCUAGUCUGGGCUUUUUGAAGGAUAUUUACUAUGUUCAUGAAAAUUAUAUAAAUGAAGAUGAGUAUAAAUGAAGAUGAGUAUAAAUGAAGAUGAGUUUCAAAACUAAUGUAGUACACAGUCAGGGGCAUUACUUAAACAAGUAACUUUUAAAAUUACCUAUACAAGUAAUGUUGAAAACGAGGCUAUUUUAAAAAUUACCUAUAUAAGUAACUUUUCUAAAUAUUAUUUUAUAGGUGUCCAAUUAUACAGAUUUUACUAGUUUUAACAAAUUUUUACAGUCAACUUGUUAUUUUUCCCAUGAAAUAUAAAAUCUAAUCCUUCUGAAACACUAAUUGCCUUUCUGAUGCACUUAUCUUUCAUAUCUACGCUUCUGGGUCAAAGAUUGGUCUCUUGGGACUAUCAAAAUAUCGUUUGCCUUGAAAAUCUUGAAAUUAGACAGAUAUAAAUAGAUAGAAACUUGUGAAUUAAUUAAGACUUGAAGUUAUUUAUAAUUUGUAACCCAAGACAAUUACAUAUGUUCCUUACAUAAGUGUUAUUACUAAUUCUUUCAAAGAUGUAUAAAAUAACUUAUUCAAGUAACAUUUUUGUCAUUAUUUUUAAAGUAACCCUUAUUGUCUAUACUCCUCUCAAAUCUAAUAAAUUCUUAAUUUUAUGAUAUAAAAUGAUGUAAAAAUUCAUGAAAACAACAUAUAGUCCUUGCUUCUAUUGAAAAUUAAAAUAACUCUAUUGAGUAAUUUUGUAUUUUUUAAAAACAAAAAUUACCUAUAUAAGUAACUAAAAAAAGUUACUUGUUUAAGUAACGCCCCUGACUGGUACAAGCAAAAAGUGAUUGAAAUAUUUUAUUUUUAUUUUUAUUAUGAUAAAUGAAUGAAUAAAUGAAUGAUGAGAAUACUACAUGUAUUGUGAAAAAAAGACAGCAAAACACACAUAAACAUAUUGAAUGACAUUAGAAACUGUCUUUAAAUAAAUAUCUUAAUUUUAAAAUUUUUAAAGAUUUACAAAAUGUAUGAAAGUUAGGGUUUCAUUAGGAAUAAUAUAUUUUGAUAUAAAAUAUCAGUUCUUUAUGUAUGUGACCUAUAUCAUGCUGUAUGACAUUUGUGGUUGUGGGAGUACAUUGUGUAUAAAUUCUUGUAUCUGUCUUUCUUUUCAUGAAUGGGAUAAAUGUUUUAGUAAAUAAAAAUAAUGUAGUAA